AUGGUCCAAGAAGGUCUGCGAAGAAAGGCCACCUACAUUCACAAGCUCGAAGCCAUCUUCAAUGCGAUUGAUGAGAGCCAGGACGGCUUGAUUGACGAGGACGAGCUGAAUGAGCUGUUCAUGGAUUCGCGGGUGACUACCUACCUAGAGACACUCGAGAUCGACGUGAUGCAGUCCUCUGCGUUGUUCCACUUGCUUGCCAACAGUGACGGACAAAUUACAUGUGCCGACUUCAUCGACGGCAUUUUGAGGUGCAAGGGCCCGGCCCGAGCCAUCGAUCAGAUCAUGAUGGAGACUGGGCAUGCAAGUCCACUUCGGUGCAGACAGCCUUAA